CCCCUUUGAGGGAAGUACACAAUUUGCCUCAUGGGAACUUCACAGCAUUACAGUGCAGGCAGAAGUGGAGUAACCUGUUGAAGGCAUACAAAAAAUACAUAGACAAUGUCAAUAAAACAGGGGCACCACCAAUCCCUCAACCUUCUCACUUUGACAUUCUCCAUGGUCUCCUUCGGGGCUCCCACAGCAUUGAACCACGGAACCUCUUUGAAAGUGGUAGAACAAUGGCUUGUUCUUUGCAAAAAGAAAUGAUUGCUUUUGCACCAACUGAUGAAGAUUUGGAUGCUGACCAUGAACUACCACCACCAGCUGUUCUAAGUGCACCCACAGAAGGUGGCAAAAGAGUGGCACCUACUGGACGAAGUGGACGCACUGAGGCCAGCAUAGCACUGGCAAGUGCUGGCCCCUCUACAAGUGGUACUGGACCUACUGGACGAAGUGUACGAACUGAAGCCGGCAUAGGAGUGGCAGGUGCAGGGCCCUCGACAGGAGUUACUGGAUCUGCUGGUUCAAGUACCCAUACUGAAGCCAGUACACCAGUGACAGGCGCUGGCCCCAGUAGGAGCCGACGGCAAAGGGUAACUCCUCCUUCACACAAUGCUGAAGUAAGACGACUGCUGCAGGAUGUUGUGGAUCAGCUGAAGACGCAUGCAGAAGUUGUGAAGAAUAGUGAAGUCGUUAGGGCACACCACAGUGAAUCUCUUAUAAAGGAAUUGCGAAGAUUCAAUGACAAUUACGAAUCCAUGCAUGGAAAAAAAUCGCGGAAAAGGCGACAUGAAUCUGACAGUGACUGA